CAAACAGCCCCAGUGCCAUCAUGGCGGCAAAGCAAUUCCAUAUCUAAAAAAGAACCACAAAAGAAACCGGUUGAUAAAAUUUGCAGGAGACAUGAGCGAGCAGCAUCUCUGUAGUCAACUCUGAGAUUAAGGACGGCGGCGGAGGACGCUAUCGUGAACACGGUUGUGAAAUGGCGGACGAAUCGGAGAUAUACGACGGAACCCGGGCCCAAUUUCCUCUGACCUUCGGCAAGCAAGCGCAGUCUCAAAUCCCUCUCGAAAUCGUCCACCGCGCCACCCGCCGCGCCGCCUCGGCGCCGGACGAGAAAUCCGUAGAUGGCAAACUCAAUGCGUCGUCAUCAGAGAGCAAAGACGGACCGUCAUUGUCUUCGUCUUCCCAAUCCUGGCUAGAGUCGUUCAAGAACGCAAACCCUAGGAAUCCAAAGAAGAGCGGGACUUUUGGGCCUCUGAGACCACUUGCUAGCUUAGACCCGGGGAAUGAAAAGGAGGAGAAGGAAGAGGAUAUCGCUAUGAUUGGACCUCCACUGCCUCCAGCAGUUGAUGAUGACGAGGAUGAGCCAUUGAUUGGCCCGCCUGCGCCACCACCCGGUUCGGUUGGAUCGGAUUCUGAUGACGCAUCUGAAGAUGAAGAAGAAAACCAAUACCGGAUACCUCUGAGCAAUGAAAUAGUGUUAAAAGGGCAUUCAAAGGUUGUUUCUGCACUUGCAGUGGACCAUACAGGAUCAAGAGUUCUCUCCGGUAGCUAUGACUAUAGUGUUCGGAUGUAUGAUUUUCAAGGGAUGAAUGCCAGACUACAGUCGUUUCGACAGCUGGAGCCAUUUGAAGGCCACCAAGUUCGCAGUUUGAGUUGGAGUCCCACCGCAGAUCGGUUUUUAUGUGUCACUGGCUCAGCUCAGCUCAAGAUAUGUGAUCGUGAUGGACUUACUCUUGCUGAAUCUGACAGGGGAGAUAUGUACAUACGUGACCUUAAGAAUACCAAAGGACACAUCUCAGGCUUGACUUGUGGGGAAUGGCAUCCUAAAACAAAGGAGACUAUCUUAACAUCGUCAGAAGAUGGUUCACUGAGAACGUGGGACGUGAAUGACUUAAAAUGUCAAAAGCAGGUCAUUAAACCGAAACUCUCUAGGCCAGGGAGAGUUCAUGUGACCACAUGCUGUUGGGAUCGUGAAGGAAAGAGCAUUGCAGGCGGUAUAGGAGAUGGCUCUCUACAGAUAUGGAAUCUCAAGCCUGGUUGGGGAAGCAGACCAGACCUACAUGUAUCAAAUGCACACACAGAUGAUAUUACUGGAGUCAAGUUUUCAAGUGAUGGAAGGAUUUUAUUGUCAAGAAGCUUUGACGGGUCAAUGAAGGUUUGGGAUUUGCGGAAGAUGAAAGAACCCCUGAAGGUUUUUGAUGAUCUUCCAAAUCAUUAUGCACAAACAAAUGUUGCAUUUAGUCCAGAUGAACAAAUCUUUUUGACUGGGACAUCUGUUGAAAAAGAUAGCUCCAUUGGAGGUUUACUGUGCUUUUAUGAUCGGGUGAAGAUGGAACUUGUGUCAAGAGUCGGAAUCUCCCCUACUUGCAGUGUUGUGCAGUGUGCUUGGCACCCAAGGCUAAAUCAGGUAUUUGCAACUACGGGAGAUAAGCGUGAGGGAGGAACACACAUACUAUAUGAUCCAACCCUUAGUGAAAGAGGGGCUCUUGUAUGUGUUGCUCGUGCACCCAGGAAGAAGUCUGUUGAUGAUUUUCAGGCACAACCAGUGAUUCACAACCCACAUGCACUGCCCUUGUUUAGGGACCAGCCUAGCCGUAAACGUCAGCGUGAGAAGAUGUUGAAAGACCCACUCAAGUCUCAUAAACCCGAACUGCCCAUCACCGGGCCUGGUCAUGGUGGACGGGUGGGUUCCACAAAUGGAAGCAUGCUCACACAAUAUCUACUCAGGGAAGGAGGGCUGAUCAAGGAAACUUGGAUGGAUGAAGAUCCAAGAGAAGCUAUCCUGAAGUAUGCUGAUGUAGCUGCAAAAGAUCCAAAAUACAUAGCUCCAGCGUACUCCCAAACGCAGCCUCAACCAAUCUUCCAUGCCUCCGAUGAUGAAGAAGACGAAGAUAAAUAAUUCAGAACCUAAACGAUUCUUUCUGAGCUACAGAUCUACUAUUCUUCCAAUGCCAUACAACUAGCAUCGUAGUUCUGGCUAUGAAGAUUCCGAUCACCAAUGUGAAGAUUGUGUUGCUGAACCACAAUGUAUAUGCUAUGUCAAGUGUCAAAACAUACCAGUGAUCAAAACAAAGGCAUGAAUUAAACGAGUAUGAGAUCUUCAUUCAGCAUUCUUGAGCAAUGUAAACAUACCAGUGACUCCAAGCUAAUGAACUAAGACCUGAAUCAUCUUUCACACAAUCAUUGAGUGAUGUUUAUGCAAUAGAGGAUCAAGAAGAGAAGUUUUGUCUCAUGUUGUCAUGUUCUUAAACAUCACAAAUCAUUUUCAUAGGCAAGUGUCACUCUUGGUGUUAUAUUUUCAGAUUCUUUGAAUACUCCAUACGUGAUAUUCUGUAUUUUCU